AUGUUGCGCACCCAGCUUAGAAGAAUUGCACUACCUACACCUAAUCGUCUAUCCGGGGCCGGUCUAUCAAAGCGCACUCUUGUCUACAUUCCGGGAGAGGGGCUCCCGCCCGUCCCGAUCCUUAGGCCGACACUAUGGGCCUUUGCGGCCACAGCCACCAUCUUUCUCGGAUGCGCUGCGUACGACGUCCGUCGAGACGUCCAGAACGCCAAGAGGAAAGGGCUUUUUAGAGACGGAAGCGUCGCUUCGUACGAAGACCUAGAGGACGCCAAGCAUCGCGGACAUGUCGUGCACUCCCUGUUCCGCAAUCCUCCGCCGCCGCCGCCGCCGAAAUGGCACCUGCCGGGCCGAAUCGGCGAGAUGCUCGCGGGGCACACCGACGCGGAGAAAUUGAUCUUGGGGUUCUCGGCUCUCAACAUCAGUCUCCUCGGGGCGAGCUCUCUUGUUCCGGGAGCGUUCAUACAGUAUCUUGCGCACACGCCUUGUUUUAGCCCCAACUACACGCACCUGACGUCCAUGUUCGGCCACACCGGUCCACUCCACGCUGGGAUCAAUACCCUCGCCUUGCUCCAGAUGGGGCCCGAGGUUGCGCGGACCAGCGUCUUCGAGGGAAACGGCAGUCACUUCGCGGCUUUCUAUCUCUCGACCGGCAUAUUCUCGUCGCUGGGGUCCCACCUUGGGACUGUCUUGCCUACCCGAAUUUACAAGUUCAACCGUCUCGUCCCGGGUCUAGGAGCUAGCGGCGUGCUUUAUGGUAUGCUAGGAGCAUGGGCCACGCAGUACCCGGAUGCGCGGCUCGGCAUCAUGUUCAUUCCUGGGAGCUAUACCGUCGAGAACUUCAUGACGGCUCUUGUAUUAUUUGAGGUAUACGGUUUGUUCAUCGGGUUUCCGUACAUACAUCUCGCACACGCUGCGCAUCUAUCGGGGCUCGCGGUCGGAGCUGCCUACGUAUACUUCGACGGCAAGAACCGCUUAUGGCGACCUACCCGGAAGCUCGCAUUUGGCGGCAUGAAGCUCGUGAAGAUGGUGUAG